AUGGCUCCAGUUAAGAAAGAGAAAGAGGAGAUGAGCGCUUUUGAGCGGAGUCGACUCGCGAACAUUGCAACAAACCAAGCAAUUGUUAAGGACCUCUCGUCAGCAGCAGCGAAGAUUGCGCCAAAACCUGUGGGUAGGCCGAAGACACCAGCUUCACGAAAGAAAGCUGCGCCCGUAAAGAGGGAAGAACCGCGACCUACGCGAACAAGUUCCCGAUUAGCUGGCAUUGAGGCAGAUAGCGAGACUCAGAAACGGAAAGCCGAGGUCGAAUAUGAGUUCGCGAUGGAGCAGGCGAAGGCCAAGAAGCUAAGAGUUUCUGGGGAUCUCAAUUUCAGUGAUAUUGUUGUUGAUGGAAAGAAAUGGAAUAAGGAUGACGGGUUCUUGUCAGGAAUCAUGAGGGGAGCACAGCCAAAUGUCAGGACAUUUACCGAGGAUGAUGUCAAGGAGACUACGGACGAAGGCUUGAAAGCAUUGAGGGAGAAAAUGAGCGGACUAGAAAUAUAUGACGGAUACGAACCCAACCAAAUCAAAAUUACCCCCGAGCGAGUCUACUCUCUUGGAUUCCAUCCUUCUCCAGACAAAGCUCUCGUUUUUGCUGGAGACAAAAUGGGCAACAUGGGCAUUUUCGAUGCCUCUCAGACCGGGGCAGAUGUCAAGGCCGAAGAAGAUGACGAUGAAGAGGCCGAUUUCCCUGAGCCAGCAAUCACUGCUCUGAAACUUCACUCCAGGACGAUCACUUCAUUUGUCUUCCCUGCUGAUGGCAAUCAUCUAUUCUCUGCUUCAUACGACUCAUCAAUUCGAAAAUUUGAUCUUCAAAAAGGAGUUGCUGUUGAGGUGUUUGCUCCUGCAUCAGUAAACGAAGAUUUACCGAUUUCCUGCAUAUCCAUUCCAUCUUCUGAUCAGAAUCUAAUUUAUUUUUCGACUCUGGAAGGAUCCUUUGGCAGACAUGAUAUGCGGACCAAACCUGCCGAUGCAGAGAUAUGGCAACUCACAGACAAGAAGAUUGGGGGUUUUGCAAAUCACCCGCUACAUCCUCAUUUGAUCGCAACAGCUUCGUUAGAUCGCAUGCUUAAGAUCUGGGACUUACGGAGCAUUAAAGGAAAAGGAGAAUCCCGAGUGCCAGCUCUUAUGGGCGAGCACACGUCCAGGCUAUCAGUAUCACAUGCUUCCUGGUCUGCUGGGGGCCAUAUUGCGACGAGUUCAUACGAUGAUACCAUCAAAAUUCAUUCCUUCCCUACAGCAGGUACCUUCAAGCCUGGUCAAGAUCUUGAUGAUGAAGCCAUGAAGCCUACUGCUAUUAUCAAGCACAACAACCAGACGGGACGUUGGGUCACAAUACUAAAACCUCAGUGGCAGGAGAGGCCGGAAGAUGGAAUUCAAAAGUUUGCUAUCGGAAAUAUGAAUCGUUUCGUCGAUGUGUACAGCUCGGAUGGGGAGCAAUUGGCGCAGUUGAGUGGGGAAGGAAUCACUGCUGUUCCGGCAGUGGCGCACUUCCACCCAACCAAAGACUGGGUCGCAGGUGGAACGGCCAGCGGAAAGCUCUGUCUCUGGAUGUGA